GAGCAACUGAACAACCAAUCCAGUCAAUAGAUUCAAAUUCUACAAGCUCAACUCAGUGAUUCAAUGUUACUCCUUCAAAACAACUUUUCUGAGCAGCUGAGCAGUACUAAUAAGAACCAAUCCAGUCAACUCAGUAAUUCAAUCCUAGCUCUUUCAAGCAACAUUUCCGAGCAAAACACAAAUAUUUGGAGAAAUCUCAAUGACAUACAGUCUAUUCUUAAAGAACUGGAACCACUUUAUCUUGGAACAAUCAACAACCCAGCAAGCUCUUGUAGUGACAUCCCUCAAGACCGGCCAUCUGGAGAAUACUGGAUUGCCACUAACACUACUAGCUCUCCUGUUCAGGUCUACUGUGACAUGAAUCGAACAAGCUGUAACUGCAACACUGCAGGAGGAUGGAUGAGGGUGGCCAACCUUGACAUGACCGAUCCCAACCAAAACUGCACAGAGGGAUUGAGAUUUAUAAGAAGGACAAAACCACCACUGCGUACUUGCGGCAGACAUGCACCAGGAUGUCUGUCUACUACCUUUUCAAGUUAUGGGGUGGAGUAUUCAAAAGUGUGUGGUCGAAUUGUUGCAUAUCAAGAUGGAACUUCAGAUGCUUUCAAUCCAUAAUCCAUAACAGAGCUUUAUCCAUUGAUGAUGUUUACGUUGAUGGUUUGAGCCUAACCCACGGACAGUCGCCUCGUCAGCACAUCUGGACAUUCGCUAAUGCAGUCGAUGAAAUUCGAUCUAAUAGUUAUGUAUGUCCCUGCACAAGACCUGACUUCCCCUACACUGGAGUUGUACCUCCCUUCAUCGGUCAAGAUUACUUCUGUGAAACUGGAAGCCGGCAAGCGUUUAGUUUCAAUAUCUUCUACUCUGAUGAUCCACUCUGGGAUGGUCAGGGAUGCGGGGGUACCAGUACUUGCUGUGAGUUCAACAAUCCACCGUGGUUCUGCAAGCAACUCCCUCAACCAACUACAGAUGAUAUCGAGUUGAGGCUUUGUGGUGAUGAGGUCAUUAGCAAUGAAGACAUGCCCAUUGAGAUUGCUGAAAUAUACAUUCGCUGA